ACCAGCAGCACUAUCCGUGCAGCUCAGCACGCAGCAGCACUGGGGCAGGCAGAGGCGGGGAGAGCACAGCACUAUAAAACUGACAGCCCUGGCACCACUCUCCAUCCUGCUGGUGUAGCUGGAGGCGGUGAGAUGAGGAGCAUGGGGCUGAGCCUGGUGCUGGCCCUGCUCUGCCUGCUGCACGUGGAGGCUGAGAACCUUGGGAUUGUGGGGCUGGACAAGAGCAAGAUUGCAGGGAGAUGGUACAUCACUGCUCUGGCCUCCGACUCUGAGAGCUACCUCCAAAAGAAAGACAAGCUGAAGAUGGCGAUGGCCAAUAUUGCUGUCCUGGGAGAGGGAAACCUGAAGGUCUCCUUUGCAAUUCCCACCGCGGAGGGAUGUCAGAAGUCGGAGGCAAUCUACAGGCAAACAGGCAUCCCCGGUGAAUACUACAGCUCUGACAGAGAUAAUAAAAUAGUGCGGGUGGUGCAUACAGAUGGCAAGACCUAUGCAGUUAUCUUUGUCUCCAGAGAGAAGGACGGGAAGACCUUGCAUAUGCUGAGGCUUUACAGCAGAACCCGGCAGGUGAGACCCAAAAUCACAGCGCUGUUCAAGAAGCUGGCGAGGGAGAAGAGCUUCACCAAUGAGAUGAUCAGGAUGCUGCCCAGCCAGGAUGAAUGCAGCCUCGAUGAAGCAUAGGAGGUGCAGGCUGGCUGGUGGAUGCUUCUGCUGAGUGAUGCAAGACCCAUGCACUGAAGCUUCAGGCUGCCACUCCAUCAUCCCUUUUCCGAGCUCAGUACUCAAGGCUCUGACACAUCCCCUGCUCCUCCAGUGUAUAGGCCCUCCUUUUUGCCAAAUAAACAGAAACUCACCCCAAAGCUUGGUGUAGCUGUUUGGGGAGAA